GACGCAUCGUACGAAGUACAUAUACUAGUCCUAACGUUAGUAGAUGUAAAUGAAAAAGAACCCCACACUGCUCUACGCACACACACGAGUCCCCUACUAACCCUGCACUCAUUGUUGAAUUUGCUUCAUGAAGACCAUUGCCAUUCUCGCGCUCGCCUCGUCGGCUGCAGCAUUUGCCCCGGAGGAUAUCGGCCUGAACAAUACCACCGCCGGUUUGUUGCGAGGCCCCGACAGAAAACUCCGCACCAAAGCCCAAGUCCAAGCGAUCCAAGACGACGCGGACGUCAACCGCAAGUGCCACACGACCAACGGCGGGUACCUCCAGACUUUGAAAGCUGGCGAGUACUCGGCCAGCAAAUUCUACAAUUGUUUCCGCACGUCGGAGCAAAUCUUCGAGUACGUGGAUGCGUUGGUGGCGCAUAACCCGACUUUGUUGAAAAAAGAAAAGAUUUCGAGCACCGUCCGAGGCAAGUCUAUCUACGCAUACAAACUGACCAGCGGCGCGUCCAAGCCCAGGUCGUUGUACUACCAAAGCCUGGCUCACGCCCGGGAAUGGAUCGCGGGGUCGUCCAACUUGUUUACGUUGUCUUCGAUUCUGGACGACAUUGCCAACAAGAAACCCACGGCGGCCGACAAGUUCAACUUGUACUUUGUGCCCAUCGUCAACAUUGACGGGUACGACAUCUCGUGGAACGGCAACCGGUACCAGCGCAAGAAUGCCAACGAAGUCGACUUGAACCGUAAUUGGCCGUCGUUCUACGAGAACCCCAACCCCCCCGCCCCCUCGGCCCAAACUUACCCUGGCCCGCGUCCGGGGAGCGAGCCGGAAACUAAGGGGAUUGCGCGGUGGCUCCAUACCAAGAACUCUGAACUCGCCGGCUGGGUGGAUGUGCAUUCCGUCUUGGGGGCGAUCUUCUACCCUUAUGGCGACACGACGGAACCCAUCGGCAACGGAGAUGACGCCAAGUUUGCACUGCUCGGCCGCAACGUUGCCGCCGCAACCGGUGGCGGAUACAGAUGGCAGACAGCGGGUUCCUACGCACCUGGGUACGGGGCAUUGGACGACUACCUCUAUCGCACGUACAAGAAGCCCGUGUUGACCAUCGAAGUGGCUGGUUCUGAUUUUGUCGCCCCCGUGUCGACCAUCCGUACCCGUGGCACGGAAAUCUUCAAAGCGUUGACUCAAUUUGCUGACGAAGUUUUGACUUUCGAGGGCAACGGCGUUGGGAUUCCCACUCCUGGGGGCAAUGGCGUUGGGACUGCCUCUGCCGGGGGUAACAGCGUUGGGACUGCCUUUCCCGGGGGCAACAGCGUUGGGACUGCCUCUGCCGGCGGCAACGG